CUUUUUCUUCUUCUUUUCCUUUUAUUCGCGACAAUUCAAUCCAUCGUAACCAUGGUCUCGCUUAAGGCUGUGCAAGCAUCCAACGCCAGCCUCCGGGCUUUCCCUAACAUCACCGCAUUGUUUGUCGGCGGCACCAGCGGCAUUGGCCAAAGCACCUUGCGCCAUUUGGCCCGAUACGCCGACAGCCCAACCGCGUAUAUCGUCGGACGUAGCCAGGAACGAGCGUCGCCUUUCCUCGCCGAACUGCGCAGCUUGAGCCCCAAAGGCCGAUUCCACUUUAUUGAGGCCGAUGUCUCCCUGGUACGGAAUGUCGACCUUGCCUGUCGCCAGAUCGUGGACCAGGAAUCACAUCUCAACUUCCUCUUUAUGACCCCGGGCGGCAUUUCCCUCGGCGGCCGCAAUGAAACUCCAGAAGGCAUCGACUAUCUCUUCUCUCUCCGGUAUUACGCGCGCAUGCGCUUUGUGCAGAACCUGCUUCCCCUUAUGACCACCGCUGCAUCCUCCAGCCCCAGUAGAGUCGUCAGCGUCUAUGGCGGCGGCUUCGAGUUCCCCAUCAACACCGACGACCUCGACCUCAAGCAUACGUUCUCGCUGCUGAACGCCUACAAGCACUCCAUCACGAUGACCACCGAGAGCAUGGAAUAUCUAGCCCAACAGUACCCCUCUGUCAGCUUUGUGCAUGCCUACCCGGGUCUUGUCGGGACGAAUAUCUACAACAACAGCUUCCCCUCGCCCAUUGCCUCCUUCUACAACGUUGCCAUGUGGCCGUUCCACUCGGUCAGUCUGCAGGAGAGUGGUGAGCGGCAUUUGUUCCAUCUCACCUCUGCUCGGUAUCCGGCCAAGCAACAGCCCGCUGGAGCCGGAGAGGUGGCGACAGGCACCACUGGGGAACCCGGCAGCGGCGUCUAUCUGCUGAAUUGGAAGGGAGAGGUGCGCUCAAGUCCGAAGCUUCUGACGCAGUAUCGCGAGCAAGGGAUUCCGGAGCUGGUCUGGAAGCAUACCGAGCAGCUGUUAGAGGAGGCGGUCCGGCGAUGAUUAUCUGUAUUGUACUGUAUUAAACUGACCUCAUAAUAUCCCCCCUCUCUCAACAUCCCUCAAGGCAUCCUUCAAGGCAUCCAUCAAUUGAAUAGUAUUUCCUCAUGGUUGAACUAGCC